AUGGCUUCCUCGGCUACUUUUCAUAAUUUCACCUCAGACCUACGUAGGAUCAUUCGAAAACAACCUCUUUGCCCUCCUGCUAAGGGUGUUUACUCAAACGGGGAUACUACUAAGUCAUAUGAGUUUAAUCUACGCGAUGAAAUUUUGGCUCUCGUUGCACUUGAUCAAGAGAAAAUUCAAAAUCCUAACUCCGACCUUAAUGUGGCUCUGAAUAAUUAUUUUAAAAUAUGUCAAAAGCUUCCUUUCUACGAAGAGAAGAUCACUCCCAUUAUCUACUUUGGCGGUUUUGGAGUCGACAUAUUUCGCUCUAUGGAGAAGAAUGUUUCAGUAAAGAUUUUUCGAAAUCUGCCUGAGGUUAAACAACGCCUUUCAGAAAUUGCGAAAAUCACAGGAGCGGAAAUUGAUUCCUCUGAUCUCGUGGGGAAUCUUCUUCAUGAUCUGCGCCAAGUUAUCUUUCUCCUAGGACUUAAUCCCUCGGUCGAUAAGGACAGCUUACUUGCUUUAAUUCGGGCUUCUUGGAUUAAUGCUGGUGGAAAAGUGACUGAGGAAUUUAAUUAUCACAUUAAUAACAACCAGGACUUCGAUUUCGCUCAAACAGAGGCCGCUUCUUUGAUUGAUUUCUUCUCCCCUGAUUUCGUUCCAUUUCCUCCAGUGAAAGCCCAGCCACACGCGAAUGCUUUUGAUGUUGCUAUGCGGAUCAAUAUAGAAGAGUCACUUCGUAACCACUGUGUGGAUAAACCCAUCCAGGAACCCUCAAUUCCCAAACUUGAUGAGUGGUCUAGAUUAAAGACCAUCUUAGAGCCUGUUAAUCGAAGUCUCAACAUGACCAUCCAUCAGAGUAUCAAUCUAGUCUUCCCCAUCCUCGAGUCCAAACGAUCAGAUGACUCAAUUCAGGGAGAAUUGAUUGAUAUAAUGGGAUUCGAUCAAUUCGAUACAGUAGCAGAAUUGAUUCGUGAACGUUCCGAUUGGUGUCGGUGGUAUGAGAAGUAUUCCUCUAGUCCGGAAUCAUUUCCAAUUAACAACAAUGCUCCUCGUUCCUCCAAUCAGAUUGGCAAUUCGAAGAGCUCUGGAAAGUUAAAUAUUUAUAACAAUCGUCACUAUCACAAAUGUUUUCUUCCGGAAAACAAUAAAGGAAAGAAAAGGAACAAAGGAAAUACUUCAAAUGGAGUUGGGGGCGAAUACAGUAUUAUUGACCAAUUGCUGACGGAUCCCGCGGCAGUGGAAGCCUCCAAACAAGAGAACUUGAUGUUAGCAGCGAAGAGGACACGUGAUGCAACCUCUGAGGCUUAUCUCCGGUCCUGCUCUGCCAGUGUCAAUAAACCCUCUCGAGCUGAGGAAUUUCCCUACGUCUUUGAUUCUAUGGCUGAGCUCUUCGCUAAUCGUCCUGUAACUGAUCGAUCUAAGCUGGUACUACCUGCUGAUACGAAGCAAAAACGAACUCAUCUUUUCGAAUCCUACGACUUUCCCCUUCCAAUUAAAUCAGACGGUGAGAAUGCCGAAGACCCCGUCCGAAAGUUAGUACAAAAACACCUGCCUAACGGAUUGGUAGAAAUCUCUUCUCUUGAUCACAUUGGCAAGCUAGCUUUCAAGGGAGUGAAGCGUCUAAAUCUCAUCCAGUCUGUUGUCUUUGAUGCUGCCUAUAACUCAAAUGAUAAUCUCCUUAUAUCUGCGCCUACUGGAGCAGGUAAAACUAACACCGCCAUGCUCACUAUCCUCCACCUUAUUCGAAGCAAUCUCAAUCCUGAAACUGGCGUUCUUGAUACCGGUGCUUUCAAGAUCGUCUACAUGGCGCCGAUGAAGGCGCUGGCUGCGGAAAUGGCGGAUACUUUUGGAAAACGUUUGGCCCCACUUGGAGUUAGAGUUCGAGAAUGCACUGGAGAUAUGCAAUUAACGGCUCAGGAAGUCAAAGAAACACAAAUGUUGGUCACAACUCCAGAAAAAUGGGAUGUACUCUCACGCAAAAGUGCGGGCGCUGAUAGCGAUUCUUCUCCAACGUCACGCCUUGCUCUUCUCAUUAUCGACGAAAUUCAUUCCUUGGCAACUGCGCGACGGGGUGCGGUAGUUGAGGCCCUAGUAGCACGAACUCUUCGAUUCUCUGAGACUGCUCAACGUCCCAUUCGUCUGGUUGGUCUUUCAGCCACUCUCCCUAACUAUGUGGAUGUGGCUGCACUUCUACGAGUCAACCCAAAACGCGGUCUUUUCUUUUUUGACUCUCGUUUCCGUCCCGUUCCCCUUGGGAUGUCUUUCGUUGGUGUGCGGUCUGACGCUGCAAAAAUGCUUGCUCCUGAUAAUGGAGGUAGUUCAAACGCAGCAAAUGAACAACUCAUGAACCAAGUCUGCUAUGAUCGCGUUAUUGAACAGCUCAAACAAGGCGAACAAGUGAUGGUAUUUGUUCAUGCGAGAACAGAUACUGUUCGCACAGGCCGUUGGUUUCUUAAUUGGGCCAGUCAACGCGGUGAGAUUUCCCUCUUUGAACCCCCUCCUAGUGCCAAAAAUCCUGAGUUUGUUAAAAGGAUUGCUCGUUCAUCCGAUGCGGGAUUAAAGGAACUUGCACCAAGAGGUGUAGGUUGUCACCACGCUGGAAUGUUGCGACCGGAAAGAAAUCUAUCAGAACGGUUAUUUGCUGCUGGUGCUUUGAGAGUUCUUGUAUGCACCUCGACUCUUGCUUGGGGCGUUAAUCUUCCUGCUCAUGCCGUUGUGAUCAAAGGAACGAAAAUUUAUGACGCUGAUCGAUCUGAUUUCGUUGAUCUGGACAUUCUCGAUGUUCUGCAGAUAUUUGGUCGUGCUGGUAGACCUCAGUUCGACAGGUUCGGCUGGGCGACUAUAAUCACAACACAGGAUAAAUUGGAUCAUUAUAUCCGUUUAAUAACAAAUCAAAUUGCGAUUGAAAGUCAACUUCUUGAUAAUCUAAAUGACCAUCUUAAUGCUGAGAUUGCUCUUGGAACAGUCACUAAUGUCUCUGAGGCGGUUACUUGGUUGUCCUACACUUUUCUCUUCGUUCGACUUACAAAAUCCCCCCUUCAUUAUGGUAUUACUCCUUCGAUGCUUGCGGAAGAUCCAGAUUUGACCAUUUUUCUGACAAGUGCUGUUGAAAGUGCUGCAAAAGCGCUAGAUGAUGCAGAAAUGAUUCGAUUUGAACCCUCAACGGGCAUAAUGGCUAGUACGGAUCGUGGUCGAACUGCAGCUCUUUAUUACAUCAGCUACGCUACGGCAGCCAUGGUCAAAGAACGUCUCACACCCCACAUGCUGCCCCAAGAUCUCGUCUCUCUGGUGGCUGACGCCAGUGAAUUCGCCCAGAUGAAAGUUCGAGAUGACGAAGAGGCUGAGUUGGUCCACUUGCAAGACGAGGCUUGUCAGAUUCCAGUCAAGAACCCAGGUACUGUAGAGGGGACGCUGGGAGUGAAAGUGAAUGUUCUUCUGCAGGCGCACAUUUCUCGUGCGAGACCGACCACACACUCCCUGGUAUCGGAUUUAUACUAUGUUCAACAGAAUGCGGCUCGUUUGGCGAGGUAUAUAUUUGAAAUUGCUCUGAGAUGUGCAUGGUCAGUUUGUGCCACGUCUGCGCAUCAACUCUCAAAGAUGAUUGAGCAUCGCCUGUGGUACGGGGAGACCCCAUUGUGGCAAUUCAUCGGUGAAAACAUCGAUAACUGUCGCAUUCUUGAACGCGUUGAUGAACAGAAACUUCGAGUUGACAAAAUUCGAGAAUUAACACCAGAUGAAUUAAAUGGCAUCUUGCAUUUUCAAGGCAUUCGUGGUGCUGAGUACGUUCAUCGUCUUGCCCAUUAUCUUCCUUUUCUCAAUCUGUCGGUUGAGACGCAACCAGUCACCAGGAAUAUUCUUCGAAUAACUGUUCGGCUCACUGCUGACUUCACUUGGGCAGAUUUUCAUCAUGGUAAUGGCGGAGCUCUACUCUAUUGGCUCUGGGUCGAAAACCCUGAUGAAGCCUGUAUCUACCACUCUGAGGCCUUCAUUCUCAACAAAAAGAUGUACGUAAAGGCAAAGGGCGAAACUUUAACGGAGUUAAUCUUCACAAUACCUAUUCACGAACCCCUUCCAUCUCAAUACCUGGUUCGAUGUGUAUCAGAUCGGUAUCUGGGGGUAGAAAGUGUCGCUCCUGUGCAUCUCCGAAAUAUUCUUCUUCCACAGUCUGAUCCUCCUCAUACCGAUCUUUUGCCUCUUGAUCCACUGCCUUUGACUGUUUUGAAGAACGCAAAAUAUGAGUCCCUCUACCCAUAUACGCACUUCAACCCUAUUCAGACUCAAGUUUUCCAUACUCUCUACCACCAAGAUGUCAAUGUGUUACUUGGCGCCCCUACAGGUUCGGGAAAAACGGCAGUUGCUGAAUUGGCCAUCUUUCGAGUGUUCAACACUACACCGGAUAAGAAAUGUGUUUACAUUGCUCCUCUGAAGGCUCUUGUUCGUGAAAGAGUUGACGACUGGUCGGUGAAAAUUGGCAAGAAUCUCGGUAAACGAGUUGUCGAAUUGACAGGAGACGUGAGUCCAGAUGCCGCUUUACUGCGACAGGCAGAUGUGAUCGUCACUACUCCAGAGAAGUGGGAUGGUAUAUCUCGAAGCUGGCGUCAACGCAACUACGUUCAGAAAAUUGCCCUCAUCAUUAUCGAUGAAAUUCACAUGGUUGGAGAGGAUCGUGGUCCUGUUCUUGAAGCAAUAGUUUCUCGAGCAAACUUCAUUGCCAAUCAACUUAACACUCGCAUUCGUGUUGUCGGCCUUUCUACAGCCUUGGCCAACGCUGUUGACAUGGCGAUUUGGCUUCGAGUUCCUCUUGCUCCCCUUGGUCCUCAGAGUGCUUGUAGCGGACGCGGGCUCUUCAACUUCCGGCCCUCCGUGCGACCUAUCCCGCUUGAGGUACAUAUCCAAGCAUACCCUGGCCGACACUACUGCCCUAGAAUGGGUCUAAUGAACAAACCCAUUUUCCAAGCCAUUCAAAGUCACUCCUUCAACAAGCCAGUGCUAAUCUUCGUGGCCAGUAGACGACAAACCCGCCUAACGGCUUUUAGUCUUAUCACCUACGCUUCGGCAGAGAUGAACCCACGUCAAUGGCUGCACAUGGAUAGUAAUGAGAUGGAGGCUCUCGCUUCAGCUUUGUCGGACCAAAACCUCCAGGUUACUCUCCCCUACGGUAUUGGAAUCCAUCAUGCUGGCUUGAGAGAUAGUGAUCGACGAAUUGUGGAAGAACUUUUUGUCAACCGAAAAAUUCAAGUACUGAUAGCCACAUCUACUUUGGCUUGGGGUGUAAACUUUCCAGCCCAUUUGGUUAUUGUUAAAGGAACAGAGUACUUCGAUGGAAAGACGAAGCGAUAUAUCGAUUAUCCUAUUACUGAUGUGCUACAAAUGAUGGGUCGUGCUGGCCGACCACAGUUUGAUAAUGAAGGCAAGGCAGUGGUGAUGGUGCAGGAUACGAAGAAAGCCUUCUACAAGCGUUUCCUCUAUGAGCCCUUCCCCGUUGAAAGCUGUCUACCCCGAAUUCUUCCCGACUACAUCAAUGCUGAAGUUGCAUCUGGAAAUGUAGAAUCAAUGCAAGCGGCAAUGGAGUGUAUUACCUGGACGUUCUAUUUCCGACGACUUUUGAUGAACCCUAAUUACUACCAACUUGAAGACACAAGCGCAGCUGGAGUGAGCGCUUUUCUCUCAAAAGUAGUUUCCGAGGCUGUUGAGCAAUUGAUGGAUUCUGGAUGUGUGGAAGUAGGAGAGCCAGAAGAAGAAAGUUACUCUGAAGAAGUUGAAUCACGUGGUACUCCUGUAAUCCCUCUCUAUGGCACUCCUAUCGGUCGUCUAGCUUCCUUCUACUAUAUCUCUCACAAAACCAUCCGCCUGUAUGAUGAGAAUGUGGCUCCCAAUACCAGUAUUGAAGACCUCAUUUACAUGAGCGAAGAAUACGCAGAGCUCCCAGUCAGACACGGAGAAGAUGAAUUGAAUGCUUCCUUGGCGCGAGAAUUACCUCUCAAGCUGCGUGAAUCUCCGGACUCAGGCCAUGCGAAGGCUCAUUUACUCCUUCAAGCUCAUUUGUGCCGAAGAACCGGUAAUCAGUUGCCUGUGGCAGACUAUAUAACUGACACUUCCUCUCUUCUCGACCAAAUGCCACGUUUGUUGGCGGCAUUGCUUGAUGUGUCUGCACUACGAGGACGGCUAACAGUUGCUCUACGCUGUGCUCUCCUUGGUCAGAUGAUUUCACGAGCUCUUUGGUUGUCUGAUUCACCCCUCCUUCAGUUGGUUAGAGAUUCUUGUGACCUGGCUGCGUUUGAGCUUGAAAGCACUAAUGGUGAAGAAUCCAUAUAUAUCGAGACCCUUCCGCAAUUGCUAGAAGUGGCUGGAGAGGCACCCACUUUCCCAGGUUUACGAAAACUUCUUAGGGAUCGCAUGCAUGCAGGAACAAUAGACCGAAUUAGAAAGCUCCUUCUGUGCGUCCCAGUAGUGUCAGUUGAGUUGUCACUUAUGGGAGGAAAGAAUGAACAAAAGGUUAGCAUUAUCGAUCUUGAAGUGCCUUCAGAACUUGCUCGAAGGAAUCCAAUUCGUAUUAAAGCUGAUGCCGACUAUGCUCUGUGUGUCACCCUGCAUUAUGAGAAUAACCCAAGUCCCCUUCCUAAAGACAAUGGCCGACAGUCAAGACCGCCUGGCUGGGUGGUUAUUUUGGGUGAAAUUGGCGGACCCAUGGAGGAUGAAGGAGGUACCCUUUACGCCAUGAAGAAAACUACUUUUAAGAGGAAUAAAAAUAACUUAAAUGUGAUUUCGCUCUCCUUCCGAUUUGGUGAAGAAUUGCUUGGUGAUCACGAAUUGUCACUCUACUUGAUGUCUGACACUUUCAUGUCCAUCGACCAACAAUUGAGCUUUUGUAUUCGAGUUGUUUCUCCAGAUGAUGGUUUUGAUGAAGAAGAUGAAGACUAUGAAUAA